CGCAAGAGUUCGUUUUGUUGCGGCCCACAAUAUAACCCGGUUCAGCCAAACGCUGUCUUCGGUCCUUCACUGCCAAGUUCAACCCCCACUUUUCUCUGUCUCUCUAUCUCUCGCCGACGAAUCGCCGGUACUAUAGUCCCCGGAAUCGAUGCUGCUCUGAAGUUUUACUUCAACCCUUUUGGAGUGAACAGUUUGAAUACCUUUCUCUUCGUCGGCAACUCUUCAUGAUCUUCCAUGUCAGGAACCACAUUAAGAGGAUAAGCUUACUUCUUGUCCCAUCAGUAUGUUGUGCCAUUGGCCAUGAUACCUUCACAACAUUCUGUCAUUCUAUUUGGUCGAAGGCUUUUCCUUCCCAGUUGGAGUCUCCCCCCUUAAUGAGAACCCAAAUUGGUCGUCAAGAAGAACAAAGUUUGGACUUAACGGAACGUUCUGACCUUGACAUUCUCGUAUCUAAGAUUCGUGCUGGAAGCAUUGAUGUUGAAGUCCUUCAGUCUUUCACGCAUGCCCAAGCUUGUAAUAGUAUACAAUUAUCUCACAACUUAUUUGAUAAGUUGCUUCACAGGUUCAAAGACGAUUGGAAGUCUGCAUUGCAUGUUUUUAAAUGGGCAGAAUCACUUGCAGGCUAUAAACCCUUGCCGGAAUCAUAUGAUAUGAUGGUGGACAUACUGGGGAAAGCAAGGCAAAUGGACCAGAUGAGGGGAUUUGUAGAGGAAAUGCGUUUGGGCCAUCUUGUCACCCUUAGUACAAUAGGUAAGGUUAUGAGAAGGCUUUCGGGUGCAGGAAAUUGGGAAGCUGCUUCAAGGGUGUUUGAUGAGUUGGGAAAUUUUGGGUUGGAGAAAAACACCGAGUCCAUGAACUUACUGCUUGAUACACUUUGCAAAGAAAAAAAAGUCGAGCAGGCCCGUAAAAUUUUUUUGGAGCUCAAGUCCCACAUCCCACCGGAUGCUCGCACAUUUAAUAUUUUCAUUCAUGGCUGGUGCAAAGUCAAUCGAGUCGACGAGGCACACUGGACAUUCCAAGAGAUGAAGGGGCAUGGCUGUCGCCCUAGUGUCAUCAGCUAUUCAACAAUUAUCCAAUCCUAUUGCCGCCAGUCCAACUUCCAUAGGGUCUAUGAGUUGCUUGAUGAAAUGGAAGCUCAAGGGUGCCCACCAAAUGUUGUCACUUACACCACUAUCAUGGCUUCACUGGCAAAGUUAAGAAAGUUUGAUGAAGCCUUGCAAAUAGUUGAGAGAAUGAAAUCAGUUGGAUGCAAACCUGAUUCACUUUUUUACAAUGCAUUAAUUCAUACAUUAGGGAGAGCUGGCCAACUACAGGAGGCUGCUUAUGUCUUUGAAGUGGAAAUGCCCAAGACUGGUGCCAUCCCGACUACUUCAACCUAUAAUUCAAUGAUAGCAAUGUUUUGCCAUCACGCUCAAGAACAAAAAGCCUUCAAUAUUCUCAAGGAGAUGGAAGAUUCAUCACUCUGUAAGCCUGAUGUACAAUCUUACUACCCAUUGCUCAAGUCGUGCUUUAAAACUGGCAAGACGGAUAGUUGCUUGAGCACAUUGUUGGAUGACAUGGUUAAUAAGCAUCACCUUAGUCUUGAUAAUGCCACUUACACACUUUUAAUUCACGGUCUAUGUAGGGCAAAUAAAUGUGAGUCGGCAUACCUCUUGUUUGAAGAGAUGAUUGGCCAAGAGAUAACACCUAGAUAUAAGACAUGCUGUUUGCUUCUGGAUGAACUCAAACAGAAAAAUAUGCAUGAAGCUGCUGACAGGGUCGAAGACUUCAUGAAGAAUAUGAAAACCUCUACGAAAACCUCUUUGGUACGGAUACUUCAAGGCGAUUAGCUUCUUCCGAACGCUGUGUUUGCAACCAACACAUGCACAUUUGUCUAAUAUGGAUGAUAUACGACCCCAUUAACAUUGGGUGGAAGUUUUGGUUGAUUGCUGGAUGUGUGUAUCAAGUUUCCUUUCUCCUUCGAAAACUGAGAGAUGAUAUUGCAGGGAAUCCUCGAACAACUACAUUCGUUAACGAUCAAAUGGCUGAUGCAAGUAAAGUGCGAAAGGAUUCUCUAGAUCUUCUUAUCUCUCCGUCUUCUUGUUCAACAAAAUGUGAUUUAGCAUGUUCAUGAUGCUUAUGAUACCUACUUAUUAAUAGGCUGUUUGACGUCUAUUUCGUGUUCUUGUAUCUUGCUAUCGA